CCGUCAAGAUGGUAUCCCCGUAGCCAAACAACCCUAAACCCAAUUCUUAAACAAUUAGCACACCUCCACUCUCCUCAAAACCCUAGCGCGCCUCUCCCUCUCAUUUUAUUCAUUUCUCCCCUCGCGCUCUCUCUCGCAAUCCAAAACCCUGAAAAAUGUCGGCCGCCGCCCGUCCUCUGGUCUCCGUCCAAACCCUAGAAUCCGAUAUGGCCACUGACGCUACCACUGUUCCCCUCGCCGAUGUUAUGAAAGCCUCUAUCCGACCGGACAUUGUCACCUUCGUCCACGACAACAUCUAAAACAGCCGCCAACCCUACGCCGUCUCCAAAACCGGUCACCAAACCUCCGCCGAGUCCUGGGGUACUGGACGUGCCGUCUCGCGUAUCCCUCGUGUUCCGGGCGGUGGUACUCACCGUGCCGGUCAAGGUGCUUUCGGAAACAUGUGUCGUGGUGGUCGUAUGUUUGCUCCGACCAAGAUCUGGCGCCGUUGGCACAGGAAAAUCAACGUUAACCAGAAGCGUUAUGCUGUUGCUUCCGCCAUUGCUGCUUCUGCUGUCCCAUCCCUCGUCAUGGCACGUGGUCACCGCAUCGAGUCUGUACCGGAGAUGCCUUUGGUCAUAUCUGACUCCGUGGAGAGCGUGGAGAAAACCUCGGCUGCAAUUAAGGUUUUGAAACAGGUCGGAGCAUAUCCGGAUGUGGAAAAGGCUAAGGACAGUCAAGGAAUCCGACCCGGAAAAGGGAAAAUGAGGAACCGGAGGUACAUUUCUCGUAAAGGUCCUUUGAUUGUUUAUGGAACCGAGGGGUCAAAGCUCGUUAAGGCCUUCAGGAACAUUCCUGGAGUUGAGGUUGCCAAUGUGGAGAGGCUUAAUCUUUUGAAACUCGCCCCUGGUGGACACCUUGGGCGAUUCAUUAUUUGGACCAAAUCAGCUUACGAGAAGCUUGACUCAGUUUAUGGAUCAUUCGAGAAGCCAUCAGAGAAGAAGAAAGGGUAUGUUUUGCCUCGUUCUAAGAUGGUGAAUGCUGAUUUGGGUAGGAUCAUUAACUCCGAUGAGGUGCAAUCAGUGGUGAAGCCUAUUAAGAAGGAGAUCAAAAGGGCACCUUUGAAGAAGAAUCCAUUGAAGAACUUGAAUGCUAUGCUGAAGUUGAACCCUUAUGCUAAGACUGCUAGGAGGAUGUCUCUUUUGGCUGAGGCACAACGCGUUAAGGCUAAGAAGGAGAAGCUUGACAAGAAGAGGAAGCCCAUUUCUAAGGAGGAGGCAACCGCAAUCAAGUCGGCAGGCAAAGCAUGGUAUCAAACUAUGAUCUCAGACAGUGAUUACACCGAGUUCGAGAACUUCUCAAAAUGGUUGGGCGUAUCUCAGUAAUUUAGUUCUUCCUUAAGAAAUUAUGGCAGACAAUCAUUUUUAUCAGUUUUGUUUUAAUGUUUUUGACAUGUUAUAUGUUGAUGGCCUUUUGGAAUAGUUUCAUUUAUCUUGAAGACAAGGAUUAAAUAGUUUUCUUCCGUUCUCCUUUUAUGAUAAUAUUGAAAUGUUGGUUGUGUGCA